AUGGCUGGUCACAUGACAGGCCGUCAAGGCGCCUGUCAAACUGCGUGGCAACUGGCGGAUGCGGUGGCAGCCGGUGGGAGGAGAAAAACGCCGCAAGCCGUUUGGGGCCCGCCGCCAACUGGCGAACCCGGCCGCCAACUGGCGAGCCGGGCGGCCCGCCGCGGCGCCCGCCCAGGAUAUGUUCCGGGAGGUGGACCGGAACACCGAUAUAUAUACCUCCGUCUGUCUGGGGCUCCCCCGGAGGACGCCGCCAACUGGCCACCUCGCUGGCGCCAACUGGCCACUCCUGCCGCCGGCGCACCCCCCCCCCCCUCGGGUCACCACCGGCCUCGGCUGGGCCCGGGGCUGGCGUGCAAACGUUCGGUGGCGCGAACGCGAUUCCCAGGGGGGCUGUUUCCCCAUACAAACUGGGCCUCGGGGACCUGGCCGCCAACUGGCCGCCCGCCCGCCAACUGGCCUCCGGGCCGCCUCCCGUGUACACACAAGCUGGGCCCUGCCGCCAACUGGCCGCCCGCCCGCCAACUGGCCUGGCCGGCCGCUCCUGCCCACCUCGCCGCCGCCCGGGGCCACUCCCGGGGCAGGCGCGAGCCCCGGCUGCCCGCCGAACGGGCGCCCCCGGCCCCAGCCCCCAGCCCCCGGCCCGCCGCCCCCGCCCGGCCGCACACCGCGCCGCCCGGGUGCGCUAACUGGCCUCAUCUGCCCCCGGCCCUCCCCCCCUCGGGGUAUCACCGGCCUUAG